AUGAGUUCACAAUUCAUAGAAUUGGUUCUACGAGAUGGCGACUCGACAGACACAUGUGAUACUCAGAGUUCGUAUAAUGGUAGUACGAAUAUGAGAGUAUUGGCACUUUUCAUAAUAUUAAUUUCUUCAGGAUUAGGUUCAUUUUUUCCAAUAUUAGCGUCUACCUAUUCUUUUAUUAGGUUACCUGACUGCUGCUUCUUUGUGGCAAAAUUUUUUGGUUCAGGAGUCAUAGUAGCCACAGCAUUCAUUCAUCUGCUGGAUCCUGCCGUUGAAGCAUUAAGUAACACAUGUUUAGGUGGAACCUUUACAGAAUACCCAUGGGCAUUUGGUAUCUGUCUGAUGUCCUUAUUCCUGUUAUUUCUGAUUGAGAUUAUGACUCACCACAUGUUAACUCAUGAUGAGCAUGGUGAUGGAGGACAUAGUCACGGCGAUGACACUUCAUACACUGCUAGUAGUAUUGAUGAUAAAGAAGCAGAUAGCAUCGAUGCAGACGUGAGAAAGGAUGCGAAUGAUGACAGUUAUGAUAUAAAUAGCAUUUUAAAUUUUGAUAAAAAUAAAGAUUAUGAUAUUGAAGCUAAUCAUUACGAAGUAAGCAUGGAAGAUAGAAAUAACACAAAAAUGGAUAACUACAAAAUAUCGCAAACUAAAUCCACUCCCGGUCAAGAUCAUUUCUCCCAUGAUUCUGAGCAUCAGGAUCUUGUGCAGCUUGGUACUCCUGUAGAACAACUAGAUAAGGAAAAAUACAUGGGACAAAUAGUAAGUGUAAUUAUCUUAGAAUUUGGUGUCAUAUUUCAUUCAAUAUUUACAGGUCUUUCAUUAGCUGUUUCAGGAGAUGAAUUUGAAACACUAUUUAUUGUGUUGGUUUUCCAUCAAAUGUUUGAAGGAUUAGGUCUAGGGACAAGAAUUGCAGAAACCAAUUGGCCAAAAUCAAAGAAAAAUACACCAUGGCUGCUAGCUUUAGGCUUUACUAUAUCGACACCGAUUGCUAUAGGUAUUGGGAUUGGUGUGAGGUAUACAUUCAUUCCUGGCUCCAGAACUGCAUUGAUCACCAAUGGUAUUUUUGAUUCAAUAUCUUCUGGGAUUUUAAUUUAUACUGGUCUAGUUGAAUUAAUGGCACAUGAAUUUUUAUUUUCAAAACAAUUUUCUGGUCGUGAUGGAUUUAAAAAAAUGAUUUUUGCAUAUGUUAUUAUGUGCUGUGGAGCAGCAUUAAUGGCACUAUUAGGUAAAUGGGCAUAG